CUGUACGAUUUGACCAUCAAAACGUAUCUGCCUGGGUACGUGAAAUUUCCACCAGAGAAAAAUCUCACAUUCGAUGGGCAAGUGGGAAUUUCCAUGGUGGUAGUGGAGCCAACCAAAAGUAUCGUGCUGAAUGCCAAGAAAAUCACGGUGAUACCAGAAAAAUGCGAGGUGUUCGCGGGCGAUCAAAAACUGGACAUUGAAAAUGUGACGGAUCAUGAAAGGCUGGAGAAGCUGGAGUUCACUCUGAAGCAACAACUGGAAAAAGGCCAGAAAAUUCUGCUCAAGGUUGUCUAUAGCGGCCUCAUUAGCGACACCCUCGGUGGACUGUAUCAGGCUACUUACAAAGACACAGAUGGAACGACCAAAAUCGUCGCAGUCUCUCAAAUGGAGCCAACAGACGCUCGUCGAAUGGUGCCGUGUUUUGACGAGCCGAGUUUCAAAGCCAACUGGACAGUAACAAUAGUUCAUCCAAGAGGUACAACAGCCGCAUCGAAUGGCAUAGAAACUAACGGUGAAGGAGAACUCAACGGUGAUUGGAUCACAUCAAAAUUCAAAACCACUCCACGAAUGUCUUCUUAUCUGCUGGCCGUUAUUGUCUCAGAAUUCAAAUAUAUUGAAGGGCGCACGAACAAGCGGUGUGCGGGUAGGUCAAGCACUUGCUUGGUGGCUAACUGGAGUGUUGAAGUGAAUUUACCCAUUCAGUUCCGAAUAUGGUCACGUCCAGAGGCGGUAAAGAUGACACAGUUCGCGUUAGACGCCGGUGUCAGAUGUUUGGAAUUCUAUGAAACGUUUUUCGACAUUCGAUUUCCUCUUGAGAAGCAAGAUAUGGUUGCUCUUCCUGAUUUCUCAGCAGGUGCUAUGGAGAACUGGGGCCUCAUCACUUAUAGGGAAACCGCCUUGUUGUACGAUGAGAGGUACUAUGCACCGUUGAACAAAGAACGAGUUGCUUUUGUUGUUGCUCACGAACUUGCCCAU